GCCGGCGUCUCCGGGGUAGAUGCCGGGGUGGGAGCGCCAGGAGCCCCGGCCCCGCCGCCAUCCCUGCGGCCCAGCCCCUGAGGGGGCGGCGCCCGUCGCCUCCCCGGCUCGCUGCUCCCGGAGGAGGCGUCUCCUCCUGCCCUGAGGGUCCUGGCUGCCGGGGCCGCCUUCCCAGCUCCUGCGCAAGGCCUGCCCUCGGGACACCCUCGCCCCGGCGCGGGACGCACAGGCUCCCAAUUCCUCACUGGACACUAUUCUACCACGCUGAUGGCAUUUUAACUAUAGUUGUCAAUUUUCCCAAAUUUUAACUGAAGAAAACCCUAAGAAAUUUAUACUUGAGGACAAAAGUGUAACUCCACCAAUUAACAGGCUGACAGAAUGAAUCUGGAAAAACUCAGCAAGCCUGAACUCCUGACACUAUUCAGUAUUCUUGAAGGAGAGCUUGAAGCAAGGGACCUUGUGAUAGAAGCUUUAAAGGCCCAACACAGAGACACUUUCAUUGAAGAACGUUAUGGAAAAUAUAACAUCAGCGAUCCUUUAAUGGCUCUGCAGAGAGAUUUUGAAACACUGAAGGAGAAGAAUGAUGGGGAGAAGCAGCCCGUCUGCACAAACCCACUGUCCAUCCUCAAGAUGGUGAUAAAGCAGUGCAAGAACAUGCAGGAGCGCAUGUUGUCCCAGCUGGCUGCUGCCGAGAGCAGACACCGAAAGGUGAUCCUAGACCUUGAAGAGGAACGGCAGAGGCACGCACAGGAUACAGCUGAAGGAGACGAUGUCACCUACAUGCUGGAAAAGGAGAGAGAAAGGCUGACUCAACAGCUGGAAUUUGAAAAGUCCCAAGUAAAAAAAUUUGAGAAAGAGCAGAAGAAGCUGUCUAGUCAGCUGGAAGAGGAACGCUCGCGCCACAAGCAGCUGUCAUCCAUGCUGGUGCUCGAGUGCAAGAAAGCCAGCAGCAAGGCCGCCGAGGAGGGCCAGAAGGCCGGAGAGCUGAGCCUGAAGCUGGAGAAGGAGAAGAGCCGGGUGAGCAAGCUGGAGGAAGAGCUGGCAGCCGAGCGGAAGCGGGGCCUGCAGACCGAGGCACAGGUGGAAAAGCAGUUGUCCGAGUUUGACAUCGAGAGGGAACAGCUGAGAGCAAAACUGAACCGAGAGGAAAACCGGACCAAAACUCUGAAAGAAGAGAUGGAAAGUUUGAAGAAGGUAGUGAAGGACCUGGAAGCCUCCCACCAGCUCCAAGGCCCACAAGGGCAGCUGAAGAAACCAGCAACCACGUCCCAAGGCACGGCAACGGAGCCGCCCAUGUUAGUGUCUGUGUUUUGCCAAACAGAGAGUUUUCCAGUGGAAAAAACCCACGGGAGCAACUUAGCCAAGGUGACAAGCCCUGGGCUGCCUGGUCCUUCCAGUCCUGCUUACUCUUAUGUCAAAGCCAACGGCCACUGUGACCCGGAAGCACAGACAGCCAGGGAGCCGAGCACAGGCAGUGGUGCUGAAAACCAAGUGCCUCUGUGCGAGAAGUCCGCAGCAUUGGCCCAGGAGAAACCAGUGGAGAAUGGCGGGUGUCCAGUGGGAACCGAGACCGUGGUGCCAGCAGCCACUCACCUCCCUUCCAGUGGGAGCUCCCUGUCUCCCAGUAGCACCGCCUCCUCCUCUCUCACAUCCUCACCCUGCUCCUCACCAGUGCUCAGCAAACGCCUGCUGGGCUCGUCAGCCAGCAGCCCCGGCUAUCAGUCCUCCUACCAAGUAGGGAUCAACCAGCGCUUCCACGCAGCUCGACACAAAUUUCAGUCCCAAGCCGAUCAGGACCAACAAGCCAGUGGGCUCCAGAGCCCUCCAUCCAGGGAUCUGUCCCCCACCCUCCUGGACAACUUGGCCGCCAAGCAGCUGGCCCGAAACACAGUCACUCAGGUGCUCUCACGAUUCACCAGCCAACAAGGGCCCAUCAAGCCUGUCUCUCCCAACAGCUCUCCCUUUGGCACAGACUACCGUAACCUGGCCAGCACUUCCAGUCCCCGAGGCGACAGCAGCCACUCGCCUACUCCAGGGAAAGUGUCCAGUCCUCUGAGCCCCCUGUCUCCGGGAAUCAAGUCCCCCACCAUCCCCAGGGCUGAGAGAGGGAACCCUCCACCCAUCCCACCCAAAAAGCCUGGCCUCACCCCUACUGCAUCUGCUACUCCCCCACUGACCAAAACUCAUCCGCAGGCCUCCUCUCUGGCCACCACAGAAGACCUCGCCAGCAGCUGCGCUGCCAACACCAUGGUGGCCAACGGCAAGGACGUUGAUAUACUUUUGCCCACCAGCAGCUAGUCCCCGAGGGCAAGUCUCCACAUUUGACAUUCCAUCCUGCUUCAUCCGGAAGCUCCAAGUCAGACCAUUGAGUCAGAGUGUGUAUGUUAUUUAUUUUGAUAGUGGCUGAAACCAUCUGUAUAAUGCGUUUAGUGGGUUGUACCUUUUUGUAUUUUUCUUUUUUAAGUAGAAACCUAGGCGUUUCAAUUUUUAUGGCUCCCAUCUUUGUACUGAAGCUAGAAGGGCACUCAGACGUCUCAAGCUCAGCAGUUGCUGUCACGUUGUUAUGGAGAAAGCUGAUCGACUGGCAGGUGGUGAUGUGCUGGCUGUUUGGGGACCAGCAUCUCUCAACCCUCAUUCUUGAAUUAUGCAGAAGCGAUUUGUGCAGAUUUUUAUUCCAAAUGAACAUGUUCUAAAAGUGCCUGAAAUAAGCCUGCCAUGUGAAUGUGAUUUCUGCGGCAAAAACACAAAACGGAUCACUGAAUUGCAGAGAAUGAGAUCCUCUGUGAAUUCUGAAUGUUAAGCACCAACACUACUUUUAAUCCUCUUGUCCUGUGUUUAAUACAAGCUUCAUGUUCUGCAGUCAGGCUGUCUCCGCAGAACAGGAGCCCUGGAGGUAGGGUGGCCUCGAGGGAUUGCUGAGCUGGCAGAGCCCUGGAGCAGCCCUCCUGAGCUCCA